UCACAAAGUGCAAACUAUUCUAGUUAGGCUUGCAUAUCAUUGCAUAUUCUUGUGUUUGGGCUUGGUUUAAAUUGGUAUAAAUAAAAAUGGAUAAAGAAGAAAUGCUCAUUUGAUGAAGUGAACCCGCCAAGUGAAUUUUACUUCCGCAGUGCAAAAUGACGAGUGAAAUUAUAAGUUUUUACAAGGAUAAAACGGUGUUUAUGACCGGAGGCACAGGAUUACUCGGCAAAGUGGUCGUAGAAAAGCUAUUGCGGGCAACGGAUGUGAAACGUAUAUAUUUCCUGGUCAGAACCAAGCGGGGUGAGAAAAUGGAAGCACGAUUUGAGUCCUGGAAAAAGGAUCAGGUGUUUGAAGUGCUACUAAACAAAAAGCCACUGGUCCUGGAAAAGAUGACUCCGAUUUCGGGUGACUGCUGUGCCCCGGACUUGGGCAUCAGCGAUGCGGAUCGAAGGAUACUGGCCGCGGAGGUGCAGGUGCUCAUACAUGGAGCCGCUUCGGUUCGAUUCGAGGAGCCACUCGAGCAGGCAGUGGUCAUCAACACCAGGGCAAUGCGACUGCUCGAGUCCUUCGUCCACGUCUCGACAACGUUCUCCAAUUGUGUGGUGCAUCAAAUCCAGGAGCGUUUCUAUCCGGAACACCUGACCUGUCCCGUUGACAAGGUGCUCGACCUGCAAAAUUCGGUCAGCUCAGAAACGUUCGAAAAGAUGGCACCAGCCUUGAUUGGAAAAUUCCCAAACACAUAUACCUACACCAAGGCACUGGGCGAGCAGGUGAUCCAGGAGGAGGCGAAGGGUUUGCCCGUAGGCAUCUUUCGACCGGCGAUCAUUUUAUCCACCUUCAAGGAACCAGUGCAAGGAUGGGUUGAUGGCCUGCAAGGACUGAUAGCCAUGAUAUUUGCCACUGCCUACGGGUUUGUUCACCUAAUGCUGGUUAAUCUGAAAGUAAAUGCUCCCAUAGUUCCGGCCGACUACUGCGUCAACGUGUCCAGAUAGCCAAGAUCUCCAAGCAAAAUCAAAAUGGACCGCCUCCCAUUUACGCGUUCGCGCCUUCGAGUCGAAUUUAGUGACUUAUGGAGAUCUGGCUGGGCUAUGCUAUCAAAAUGGUCUGGAGGUACCAAAUGCGAA